AUGAAAGAGGGUCAUUUGAAGGCUGUCAAACUGUUUAAGAAGCGCAAUGAUGGACAGGAUCCUUCCCCACUCAUGGAGACUGACUUCAUGUCAGAGGAACUCUCACAGUUGGACAUGGAUGAUGAUGUAAAGAGGAGCAUGCAUCGCACAGAGCUCGAAAAGGCAGCACAGUUAAACACUGCUGAUGCGAAAGAUGGUGUUGCAAUUUGGGAGUUUAACUCUGUCAUGGACAAACUUGAUCAGAUAUGGGCCAAGCAGUGGAAGAAAGCAGGAAACAAAGUGACUCGUACCAGAUGCAUCAACCUCAACAACAAGAAUACAGCACCCCCUCAGCAGCCCAUCUUCCCUUUCAUGCUCAACAUGGACUGGUACAAGGCCUAUGUCAACAAUAACCCUGGCAUGAAAGUGGUCAUACUCAAGAAAGAUCCCAUUGGGUUUGACCUAGUAGAUGAGCUGAAUGAGACAGCUGAUGACCAAGGAGCAAAAACCACAGACACAAUGGAUGUGAAUGGUGACAGCACUGAUGGGGAAGAUGAAACUGCUGAGGAUGCACGGCUCUAG